CUCGGCCAACCGAGGGAAGUAAGCUUGAUCGUGCCCCGUACUUUGGCGAAAGCAAGCUUGUGAGAUACUGUCCAGCCGGGUCAAAUGUUUGCUGUAGCUAGGCAUGGUGAAGCACAUACGCAACCGUCCUGCGACGUGGGCAUGGCGAUUCGGAGCCUCGCCAAAUGCAACGUUAUCGGACGAUGACGAGCUUACAGAAGAACGGGAGAACCGGGGCACAGCUGAUAGAGGUGCCUGUGAACACAGACAUCCGUCCGAUAUCCCGGCUCGGCGAUGCGGUCCGGGGUCGCGGAAGUUUGCGCAUCUUUGCUUCUCACACCAUCACCCAGUAGCCAGUCUUGACCAUUGGGGAGAGGAGCCUCGAUGGAUUGGCGGAACAGGCCAAGACCGAGGAGAUUGUUGGAGCAGGGAGUCGGCGAGCCAUCGACGAAUGAGAGCGAGCCGGGGAAUGAGAGAGAGGACAGCACCUAGCGUGCUUGCCGUCACACAGAGAGAGGCUGGAGCCAGCUUCUGCAAAAUGUGCAUGAUAGGUGAAAGCUGUACGGAUACAUACGUACUAGGGGUACUGUAACUGAGGCCUUGGUGCGGCGUGCCUGGACCAAGCGUGCGCGUGCACGCCACACAUGGUAGCCCACUGGCUGGAAGAGGCAGUGAUGUGAUGGGGUCCGGAAAUUACAGCAUGGUCCGUCCAUGCGGGGAGGGUGCUUACUGUCAAUUUGUAAACUACAUAACUA